AUGCACGAGCAAGUGAAAAUGAAUGAGUCACCAGUAAUCUUUCUAGUGAGUUACGAUUUGCCCCGUGGCGAUCCCAGAAAUCUUUGCGCAAACACAAGGAUCCGAUUACUGACAAAAAGUGACCUAUGUGGCUCUGUGCAUUAUCAUUGAAAAAAAAAAUAAAAAAAAAACAUGAAAAUUAUUGUAUGAGGGUCGUACGCAAUUUCAGGUGCAGGGCCUGAGAAAGCUGUACGUCCGCCUUAGAGGUUAGCUGAAAGAAGAAAAUAAGAGAGGGAAAGAUCGGCAGUUACAUGUCAUGCCAAACUACAUACUGCCGGCUUAGGUCGCGCCGGACGGCAAAAUUGUUGGUUCUUGGGAAAGAAACAAGUUUGGACUCGUAACAAAUUGAUUUUAUUUUUCUUAGUGCGUUUUUGCGCUCAGGUCAGAUGGCUACUUUCUUAACUCUUUAACCCCCAAGAUCUCAUUAGUAAUUCUCCUUACUGUCUGCCAUAUAGUUCUUGUGAUAUUAGUAUGGAGAAUUUGGUAUUGGAUCAACUAAUAAUCCCGUAAUUAAUAUUUUUCUUCAUACUCAUCACUUGUCUGCUUGAUAUUGUAUUGAUAUUGUAAGGAGAAAUUUUGUCUUGGUCACUCAUGGGAGUUAAAGGGUUAAAGAGCGUACUGAGGGAAAUUUUUCCCAAUUUUGCUGGUUUAGAUAUACUGGACCUGAGCCUGGCAGUAAGUUUGCAAUCCAGGAAUUUUGACGGAAAAACUGAACCAAAGAGAAAUCGGUGUUGAUGACAUUAUGGAUUACAAUUCAAGCCAAAAUUCUCUUUUCUAUCUAGUUGAUUCCAUUCUCAUUCUUGGCAUUGUGAUUAUUUUCAGAGGAACACUCACUAACGAGGACGUGCAUUGGAACAUCAAGCUAGGGGCUGUACAUCUAGCCUUCCCUUGUAGUGCUGUAUCUGAGCCCACCCUGAUAACGGUUCAUCGAUGGAAACCCACGGUCCUGUCCCCGCCUUUGCAGGAGCACGAGGCUCUCGUCAGCAACGUGAUUGAAAUUUCUUCGGACAGUCGGGAAGCUUUCAAAUUUGAAGCUGAAGUUAAGAUGUCAUUCACUCACAGUUCUCCCGGCCUACACGGCUACGAGUUGGUGUUGUACAAAGGGCUUGACAACGAGACCGAUGCAUGGGAAGAAGUGACCGAUGUGGAAGACUUCAAAACUAUCUCUGGUUGGAGGAAAAGCCUUCAAAUUUGUUAAUUUUAAAUUACAGAUAAAGAAACUUGAUACAUCCUUGAGUGUGUUGGUCGAACAUGGAUUGUUACGGGAAAAUUUACUGAUUUUCCCGUGUGUGUUAUUCGGAACAUAUUUAUUCGUAAACUUUCACAUUUAACCAUUUCAAGUCCUUUCAUUUCAAUAAAUCAAAAAAUGCAUAAAAACCACAGUAGCUUUUGAAUAGAUUUUUGUUGUUACUCGCUUUUACUAUGCACCUGCUUGUCGGCACUUUUGUCAUUUAUUACAUGGUUUUUUUUAGGUAAAUAUAAGUGCUAAUGGUCUUUCUGGAAACAUUGGUUUUCAUGGUAGAUAGCAGCUGAAUUUAUACUCGUAAAUCUUAUUUCUUUUCAUGCGAUGGUUUCCAAACCAAUCUUGUAUAAAUAAGCAGAAACUUUUAAUUGCUUUUUCGUUUUUUUUAUUUCCUGAGCUGCGCUACUGCAAUUAAGAUAAGUUUUGUUUUCUAUAUCAGAGCUGUAAAUUCGCACCUAGGUUUCCUACUUUAAUGGCUUAGAGUUUAUUGCAUCCGUCUUUUUAAUUUUGAGAUUCUUUCCGUCGUAGAAACAGAUGGAAUAUUUAAGUAGUUUUCGUUUAACUUCAAAGAGAUCUUUUUCCGCUCCUUUGUGUCCUUAUUCAAAUAUUGCGAUUUGUGUAACAAUAGCACUUCGCACCAGUUACUUCUUAAGCAAGUACCUUGUACAGCUUUGAUGAUUACAAACUAGAGUAUGCUAGAGGUCAUGUCGCUUGUUGGCCUGACCUAGAAUAAAAGUACUGUGGAACCAAAGAUUGUCUUAUCCUUGACGUCCGUAUAAGCUCGCUCGAAGCAGAUCUCCGUGUACCAGGAAAUCGUGACAAGUUUCCGUUCUCGCUGCCGAGUCGUCUCAACAGAGUUAUUUCCCCCAGUUGUUGUUGUUCCGUCCGCGAAGAGUCAGUUUCCCAGUUUGGGGCGAAAACUUUAUCGUCACAGGAUGGAUAUGCGAGAAAAUCUGCUUCCAGGAAUAUCUUCACGGAUAUUCACGUUCAGCUAGGUGUACACAUCAAAGGCUUGGCAACUAAGUACAUAACUGUAAAAUGGCUAUUGCACUAAAUGUGGCCAGUUUGCAAAGCGUGGCAGGCCCUUGAACAUGUGAAUCCUUAAUGGGGGUAUUUCGGACGUGGUAACCGAGCAGAUAAAGUGCUAUUUUCUUCUUAUUAAUUGGAAUGUGAUAACCUCAGAACUUUUUCACAAAGAAGAAGUUUUUCGUCAACUUUUAGUCUAGGUUGGGAAAGUAUCGAAGUGAAGAUGAUUUAUCAAGCGAGCACUCGGCUGUGGACGUAAUAACUGAUAGAGAAUAGAAGUUUUAACAUGUAUUUGAAAGAGUUAUUCCAUAUGAAUAAGGUAUUGGAGCUUCGAACUGAACUAAGGGAUCUGCACUUUUCCCCUCGAAUGCAAAGACGGACAAACGAUAGACAAAGCUGGACAAAACUCUUAGCAUCAGAUCUACUUUAUGAGAGGAAACCCUGUCUUUCGUAUUACCAUCGUGAUACUGUCUUUUGCAUCUUUCAUAUCAUCCUCUAAACAAAGAAAGUCAAUUUUCUUAUCUGCUGUUUCUUGGGGAGACGUUUCUGAAAUCUCAAACAACGGCUGGCAAGGAGAGGAAUGUACUUGCAGAUCCGAUCUGGCGCUAAGAUUGCAGUUUACAUACAGUUCUUUGACUUUUAUUACAGGUAUUCGUGUCUUAUUGACUGGUGUGCAGAGAGCUUCAGUUGUAAAGGUGUUAUCGGAUAUCUAUUGAGCCUUAUUUGGAACCAACCUCAGCGCGCAGUGUUCUUCGCCUACUUCCCUCAUGAAGAACGCCCUGAUUCUCGAGACAUCUUGUAUCUAAUUUGCUGCCCGUCUCAACUUAAAGAGAAGGUGCGGGCUGAAAUUACGAAUCAGGCUAAUGCGCCUACUUCAAGUGAUUCAGACUCCCACAUCAAGAUGAUUCCUGGUCGUGAUAAGGCAUACGUCUCCCUUAUUGGAGGGUUCAGAGCGAUUGAGGAAGAUGACAUGGAUGAAUUUUAUCUCCAGUAA